AUGCUCAGGACAUUAUCGAGGACCCGUAGUCAAACGCAAACUACCUCUCGACGAAAUUCUGCACGUCAUCACCCCUCUAUCCUCAUCACCGCUGUCGGUUCUCCCACUCACCGCCAAAGAAAUCCGACACUCCGCUUUCCUCCUGAGAUUCUGGAUAGAAUUGUUGACCUUGCAAUACUAUCAGCCUUCGCACAAGCCGUAGACCCUUUCGCUUCCAUCUCAUCUUUCUCCUUGGCUUCUACUCACUUUCGGCGUAUAUCGUUGAGAAGAUACCUUCUUCGUGUCAAUCUUCGCUCUCGAAAGCACUUUAUUUGGCUAUUUGAAAUGGCUAGAAAACAUGGGAUUAGAAAUCACGGACAAUGUGGGCUUGUUGAUAUAAGGUCUCUCUCCACAAGUGCAGGCUUUAUCACGUCAGAAGCACCAAAGCUCUCCUAUCUCGUGAAUUUACUCGAUCUCGAUAUCAGCUUCGCAACGGAAGGACCCACAACUCAACACACUUGCAUUUCAAUCAUAUUCAAGAAACUCUUAACUUUGUCUCCGAACUGCUCUUCGUCUCUAACCAAACUCAGUCUCACCUUUCUGUCUCGUCUCGAUAUUUCCUUGCUUCGUUUAAUCUCGAGCUCUUUUCCUCUGCUAUCCCAUCUCCAUCUCAGUGCCGCAGAUAACGUGGAUGACUAUGACGUGAAAGACAUAUGCUGGUGCUGCUUUGAAGAACUCCUCUCUUGCUCAUACUACUCUCCCAUUCCACAUAUGUUCUCUGAUGCAAGGGAUCUGGCUACUGCUUAUGGACAAGCCCUUCAGCCACUCGCUCACCUAAAGCAAAUUCACCUUGGCAUCUACCUAUCAAAUGAGGAACUCUGGUGGAAUCAUAUAUCCUGCUGCAAGGCAGACAGCAUCAUCGAACCCGGUGAAUGCAAGAAGUGUCGAGAAGUUUACAGCCCGACCACCCUCGUUAGAGAACAGACGGCCAGUACUCUUAUAGCCGCGAAACUUCCGUCUCUGAAAGUGAUUAGUUGGAAUUCAUAUUUCAAGAUCAGGAAGGAAACCAAAACUGUCAGAGACAUAUACUCCCGGCGCUUACACUUCGAUAUUCGAGAAGACGGCGCGGUAAUCCGGAGGCGGUCAGAUUAA